AUGACGCGUAGAAUUCUCUUCUGUUGUUCUUUUCCUGUAGAUUUCAUUUCAUUCCUCCCACCAGCUAGGGAUUAUACCAAACGUUUGAAGAGAUGGAAGCAAGCAAUAACAGCAAAACAAAACAAAAAAUAUGUUAAGCUUCUUCAACCUGAAAUAUUUCCAUUUCCACUUGUAGAUGUGUAUAACAAAGCUUUUUGA